UAAAUUAUUUCUUCCACAACCAUUGAAAAUAUAUAUAUAUUUGCAUAUAAGAAAGAAGAAAAAAUUAAAAUUGCAUUAUUCUUCUUUCAUUUAGUAAUCAAGAUAGAUAGAUACUAUUAGUACAAACUAACUAUAAUCAUAUUUAGGAUAAGAUCAAUAAGCUUUAAAAAAGUAGCAUUGAAAUUAAAAAGGAUUAUGAAACAAGAGUUUAUAUACGAUUAUUUAAUUCCAACUACCAUUUUGGAAAGGAAGAAAGAUUAUUUCAGACACCAAAAAAAGCUUGAUGAGAUUAAAGUUGGUAAGGCAAGAAAGAACAUCAGCUUCUUUUAGUCAGAGGAUGUAAAAUAAAAUUAGAAAAUAAAGAAGAAUAGCUUCUAUUAUAGACAGCAGGAGUAACAAUUGAAUCUAUACAAAGAGAACACAAAAAUGUUCUUUAAGUUGUUAAAUAUUAGCACAAAUAGCAACUUUAGCACAAUCCCUCCAGUAGUAGGAAAUGGGGGAUAGCUUUCAGCUCAAAAUAAAUCCUAAUAAAAAAUUAACACGAAAGACUUUUCAUUAAAUAGCGAAAUAUUAGUUGAUUUACAAAACUUUGAAAAAAACAGUUAAUUGCAAUAAGUUGUAGAAGUUUAAACAAAUAGCAGAGCUAACUCAACUGAGCAUGCAAGUGUAACUGUACCAGGACCUCAAAGAUAAUCAUUGACUACUCAGCACAAGAAAAGAAAUUCAGCAAGCCCUACAAAUGCAACUCAUACUUCAAGCUCAGUGAUAUAAUCAAAUCAAGGCUAAAUACAAAUAUCAACAAAGCAAACUGAUUUUUUGGAUAAAAUUUAUAAAGAGAAUCUUUAAUUGCACUAGAGGUUAUUAGAAAUGGAUUCCGUUUUGAACAAAAAGAAUUUUGAUAAGUUCCACAACAAAUAAUAAGAAUAUAAAAGUAGAUUAUCUAAGUUUUAAGUAGAUCAAUCAACAAAUAGAGUUAAAAUGAAAUGUAGUACAUACAUCGAUAGAUUCGCCACCAACUCUUCUUUAAAUAAAAGCAGGGAGGAUCUUUCAAAGAAAAAAGAUGGGAGACAGUCUUCUUCUUCAAAAUAUGAAUAAGACUCACAGCCGAAAUUAGAAAAAGAGAAAGAUGAGAUUAUUGAGCAAAAAUAAAAUAACAAUUCUAGUUAAAAUAAAUUAACGACUUACCCUAAAUCUUUUUUCACUGAAAUAGAUUACAAUGAAUCUUCAUCCAAAUUAAAUAGUUUAAAGGUAAAAGGCUAAAUUAGAUCUAAGACUAGAGAUCAAUCGCUGUCUAAAACAGCUAAUAGAUAAUUAUUUGAUUCUCAAGUAAAAAUAGAAAACAAAAAGAAACAUCCAAGCUAAAUAGAAAUAGGGGUUCAGUCAUAUUUAAGAAAUGCUCGUCCUAAAACUAAUUACACAGUCAGUGGAAAUGAAAGAAAUAUGCCAUACUCUAAUUAAUAUCAAAGAGCUCACACAAGUAGCAAUUCAGAUCAACAUGACACACUAGGAUAUUCAAAUAAUAAUAGAUUUAGAGAUAAAAGUAUGCAAGAUUUAAAAAACUAAUAUGGAGAUAACUCUAUUUUGUUUGCAUCUAAUAAGCCAACUGUUUAAUAAACUCAAAGAAUGGAAAAUUAGUUUAAAAAUUUUUUUAGCACAAGUGCAAGAAGUGUUUCACUGAAAAAGAACUAAUUCCCGAUGACAUAAAAUAUUGGAUUAAAUAAUAACCAAUAAAAAAGCAAAAAGAAUAUUUAGAUUAAUUAACCUCAAGUCAAUAUCUAAGCUUACUAAUAAAUAAAAUCAAAUAAUCCUACAUCUACUCGUAAUGCAAAUAACAACUAAUAAUAUUAUUACAAUGGUUUUAGAAAAAACCAGUACUCUCAAAAUCAUAGAAACAAUAACUUUGUUAAUUAAAAUAAUUCACUCAAUAACAGUCAUCUAAACCAUAGUUCAACUAAUAAUAACUCGUUUAAUACUGAUUAUAAAUAAAAUUAGUAUCAAAAAAACAAUUUUAUAGUGUAAAACAAAAGUAAUUUGUCUAAAAGUACUAUCCAAGAAAAAGACAAGUCACCUCAAAAAUUAUAUCCAUAUACUCCUGUUUAAGGAAUAGAAGAAAGCAGGAUUAUGGACGAAUAUAAAAAGUAAUCUAAAGAAAUAUAUAAAUAGUACAAAGUCAGUUUUGAAUAAAUUUCACCUUACUCUAUACAAAAUUAAUAAUUAAGACGCAGGAUACAAACAGUACAUCACGCUGAUAGAAAAAAUGAUUAAGCAACUUAAAAAAUAUAUCCUAAAAUAUAAAGAGAAAAAUUAGUUCCACUUACUUAGGUCAAAGAAGAAGAUCAUCUACAGCAAACUCUAGAAGCAGUAAAAUUAAAAUAAGACAGUACUUUAACAAUUCCUGAAAAAAUUAGUCUGUGA